AUCGUUUUCGGGAAGUACUCCCCCCCUUAAGUUGCUGCCAUCCCAGGUGAUACCAUAUUCAAUGCGGGAGCGGGAUUGAACAGUGCUUUCGCUUGGAUUGUAAGCUUAUUGCUGGUGUUAAUGUUUUUUUUUCUCCCAUUGUUCAUUUCAUCAGAGAAAAAAAGAGGAAUUUAAACUUGAUUUUUAUCCUACUUUACUUUACAUAUUGUGUGGGCACGGUGUGUGGCAAAAAUAGUCAAUCAUUACUAUUGCCAAAUAAAAACACGGAAUAUUCCUUAAUGGAAUGGAUGCGGAAUGGAUGGAAAGGGCAACUCCCAACUGUGUUCACAUCCAGCGACAGCAUCCCUUCUACACGGCGACAUGCAUAGAUCGUUACUUUUCAUUAAAAAAACAAAGAUACAAUCAUCAUCCGCAAUUUGGCAACGUUAUCAUUUUCGGUUCCGCUUUUCGACGUCGAUCGCCUACGGACGUUAACGGCGUCGGGUUCAGAAGAAAGGUGUUUCCAUGUCCUGGAGCUGGAGGAGUGGAGCAGAAUAUCUUUGGAAAAAUCAAAAUCUAUUAUCACUCAUCUCUGAAGAUUUAGUGGACAAUGGUAAAAUUUCGCAAAGGUGGCGCAAUAGAGGCAGGAACCACCGAGAAUGACUCCCCCUCCAGGGGCAGUAUUGGAGGAAACAGUAUGGAUGAAGUAGACUUGGGCUGGGGAGGAGGUCUAGGAUCCCUUUCCCGUGAUGGUCCGCUUGGGAAAGGCUUUGGGUCCUUUGACGGGCAAGCUGAAGCUUCGGCUAGAGGAGAAUGUGAAGAUGAAUUCACAGUAGAGCAAGCUGUUGAAGCUAUAGGAUUUGGAUGGUAUCAAAUUAGGAUAUCAGCUCUGACAGGAUUCUGUUGGAUGGCUGAUGCAAUGGAGAUGAUGAUAUUAUCUAUCCUCUCACCUAUUUUGAGAUGUGAAUGGAGAUUAAGUUCAUGGCAAGAAGCCCUUAUCACGACCGUUGUAUUCAUUGGUAUGUUCAUCAGCUCCACCAUCUGGGGUAUGAUCUGUGACAAAUUUGGAAGAAGAUCGGGUCUCAUCAUUGCCAGUGCCUGGAUCUUCUAUUUCGGAGUAGUGAGCAGUUUCGCCCCUACGUUCGGUUGGAUUCUUGUUAUGCGAGGCUUAGUUGGAGUCGGUGUUGGAGGAGUCCCCCAAUCGGUCACUCUAUAUUCUGAAUUUCUACCAUCCAAAGUCAGAGGACUGUGUGUUACAUUUAUUGAGUUGUUUUGGGCUAUUGGUACAAUCUUUGAGGUGUGCUUAGCUAUUAUGGUCAUGCCCUCUCUUGGAUGGAAAUAUCUUCUCUUAUUCUCAUCCAUUCCUAUGCUCAUCUUCAUCUUAUUAUGCAAGUGGUUACCAGAGAGUGCAAGAUACCAGGUGGCAUGUGGUAAUCAGCAAAAAGCGCAUGAAAUCCUCAAGAAUGUUGCUUUAGCAAACAACAAACCCAUGCCUCUUGGGAGACUACGAUGCGGAGAUGCCGAGAAACGUGGAUCAUACAGAGAUCUGUUCAAAACUAGAGAGUUAGGAAUAACAACAGGACUUUUACUCUUCAUAUGGUUUGCCAAUGCAUUCUCAUACUAUGGUCUGGUUCUGCUCAGUACAGAACUGUUUGCCUAUGGAGAUUCUUGCUCGGGUGCAGGAAAGACAGCGGGUGAUGACAUGGGAUGUUUUGAUGAAUGUAAAACACUCACUACGGCCGAUUAUAUUUCCCUUCUCUGGACUACGCUGGCUGAAUUACCUGGACUUGUGAUAACAUUCCUGAUCAUUGAGUUACUUGGACGUAAGAAGACCAUGGCUGUGGAAUUCCUCUUUUUUUCUCUCUUCACAUUCCUCAUAUUCAUGUGUACAUCAAGAACGGUGUUGACAAUUUUUCUCUUUGCUGCAAGAGCAUUUAUCUCAGGGUGUUUUCAGGCAGCCUAUGUAUAUACCCCAGAGGUCUAUCCAACCACCACUAGAGCAGUAGGUCUUGGUUGUUGCAGUGCUGCCGCAAGAAUAGGUGCUAUCAUUACCCCAUUUGUGGCACAGGUACUUCUUCCAGUCUCUAAGAACUUGACUGUAGGUGUGUAUGGGACCGUGUGUGUCUUUGGUGGAAUAGCAUGUCUUUUUCUUCCCAUAGAGACGAAAGGCAGGGCUAUGCAGUCAUCCAACCAAUAACCAGUCACAAUCCAGAUGAAUCAUCAUUCUUGGAAGACGAUCUUCAUGGAUUCUAUGCAGGAAAGGAAUCCACCAACACAAGCCUCUCUGUUAAAGCAGCUCCAAACAGAAUCAGAGGUAAACAGAAUCUGAAUAGGUAAAAUACAUCAGAAUAGCAUAGGAAAGAGACAUUGAAUCUGUUUUUUAUGCUAUCGUCUGAGUCAACGGCAAGAAUAAAAAGUAAGCAACUUCAAAUGAUAUAACAUUGGUGUCGACAUUCAACAUCAUGCUAUUUAGGUUGGUGGAUGAAACAGUUUAUCGCAUUUCCUCUGAACUAAAAGUUCACUGCUCAAGACUUCACCAGUGAUCUUUAAAUAGAAACCAAAGAAGUCAGACUGCAAGUUGUGGCUUGACUAUCCAGACUCUAGAAGUACAACUGAAUUAGGCAGUAUGCAACUAUGCCAUGCAUGCUUUGAUUUAAAAAAAAAAUCAAACAGUCAUUUUUAUCAGAGAGAACUAUCAGAACAUUCCACGUCUAAUGUCACCAAAGUAUAUUUUCAGUACUGCUCAGCGCCCGACAUGCCAGGGGCCCUAAACACAAAGGUUAGGGAUUGAUUGUAAAAUUGAUUUGUAUGCUUGAAUGUGCAUGGAGAUCAAUACAAUCAAGUGUUCAAAUCAGUCCCAUGAUCAAGUGCUUGAAGCUAUGUAUACAAGAACAAGGGCACCGUUUCAUGAAGAGUUGCAACUGUUGUAACUUUACCAUUAUGGCACCUACCAUGGUAACCUUGAUUGUGAUUGGCUGCUGAACCCUGUUGCCGUGGUAGUUGGCAUAAUGGCAAAGUUAUAACAGUUUUAACUCUUUAUGAAACGGGCCCGAGAUAUUGAACUCCAAAUGUUGCAGUGGAAAUUCCUAGAAAAAUGUGAUAAUUAAUGUCUCAAUAUCACUCUCAAUAAUUAUGUUAUCCUCAAAAUGAAAAUUAGAAUGUGAUGCUCUGUAUUAUAGGUCACGCAUGUACCAUAUGCAAUUUAACUUUUAUAAGUUUAUUUGUAACUGCCAUAGAGUGAAAUGUAAAUGAAUAUCUUGUAUUCUUUCAAUUGUAAUGGUAUUCAUGAAUUAAGUUUGGCAACUUUACAUCAGUAAGGGCAAUACUGAAAUACACAUUGACUGCAUGUAAUUAGAGGCUGCAAGAUUUGAUAUUUUGGGGAAUCCAGAUAAUGAAAAUGGAAUUGUCAGUAAGUCCAGGGUAGCGCUAGUAUUUAUAACCAAUUUAAAAGAUCUUCCACUUGAAAAAGAAUGCUGAAGAUGAACAGAGGGUUAUUUGUAGGUCUCCAUAUCUGAAUUUUAUUUUCACUUAUGGAAUGAAAAAGAAAAGAAAAUUGGUACUGAAUGUUAGUUGUAAAUGUACUUUAGAUCAAUUUAAAAAAUAUUUAUUAUUAAAUAUUCAUGACAAAAUAUUAAAUUUUGUCUCGUAGAAAUGAAAAAUGAAAUAUUACAGGUCAACAUAUAAGAUUUCAAAUUAAUAUAAAGAUUAUGUUAAUUUAGCAUGAUUCAUUUGACACAUCUCACACACUUGAAUGUAUUUAUCCAAAGCAAGAAAAGGCAAUAAUAUAUAUCUGUAUGUAAGUGGAUGUUGAGCUUUCAGUAGAAUGGUGUUUCUAGUAGUACUAAUGUUGGGUGUGUGUUUUUGAUAGUAUGUGGAUCUAGUAUGUAUAUUUUAGCACCGAAUGGUCUAUGUUUAUACAGUAAAUGAGAAUUAUGAGAUCUAUGUUUUGCUUAUAUGUACUGCCAAAAACAUAUGAAUGUAAUCAAAAGUUAUGUUUAUAUGACAAACUGGGCCCUUAAUCUUUGUUAUGGGUAGCCAAGAUUUGCUACUGUGUAUUGACAACUAUUGAGCUGUAAAGCUUUAAAGCGACCUUCCAUUGACAAAUCAUGGGGAAAUCAAGGCUACUCUCCGAACAGAGAAGGGAUUCAAGCCUUUCACUCGGCUGCAUGCCUGGGGGUGUUAUGUAAUAGACGCCGGCUUGUCUGGGAGGUCUAAUAUAGGAGAGCAAGUUAGUAGACUAACCAACCAGAAGUAAACUGCAUGUUUUCACUUGAUACUUAUAACUUCUUCACAGAGGUUAUUUAUUUUUGUUUAGCAAUCAAGAGACCUGCUAAGAGUCUAGAACUGCGACAACCCGAAGUAAAUAACGAUCACGAGUUCGGUCAAAUUUGUGCUGUCCAAACUUUUAUCGUAUUAGUCCGACGGGCUCCCAUGACGGACGGAUUAUAUUAUGCAAGUCAAUUGGCCUUUCGCAAAUUUCGUACCGAUUCAAUUUCCCCAUGAUUUGUCAAUGGCAGGCCGGUUUAAUAGCAGUGUCAUAGCUUGCAGGCCAAGUAGACACAUUCUACUUUCAAGGGUAAUAGGAUGAACAUACAUAGGGAUUUGUAGCAACUAAAUAGGCUAUUGGAGUCAACAUUUGAAGGAGCAGUUUUGAGAGCUUUCCUCCAGCUUCAAAUGUAAGGAUGUGUAUUAAUCUGGUGCUUGCUCCUGGCAUCAGAGAUGCAUGACCUGAAAGCGGAUUAGCCCUCAGUGAGGUAUCACUCACAAGAGAAUUUCAAUGAACGACCAUUUUAUGGUAUCUUUUACCUCAUCAUAUGCUGUUUGUUAUAGGAGAUUAUAAACUGCUCGUGGAAGCUCAGCAAAUCGUUUCGAUCGUAUCCAUCAGAGUUUGUAUAAAGAUUGUUCAUUUUUUAUGUCACAAAAAUUACAUGCUGUGCAGGCAUCCUGUUCAUACAUACCUAUGACAUUCCUAUGGUAACUUACAUGUACUUCAUAGUUGCUUUGAUCUGUAGGACUUUGUAUACAGAAUAGCAUGAAAAAUUGUCUUUGUAUCUUUUUUUUUUUAAUUCAUCAAAAACUGCAGAAUGGCAAGACCAAAUCUUGCCAAUCAGAAAUAUUCUACCAUGUGGCUUAAUAUCCUGUAUUCUAUAUUAAAGUCUCAAGAACUUCUUUUUGUCUCACUUACCUAUUAAAUCCCUGCUUUGUACUCACUUAAUGUAUGUAGCGCCCAAUAGGAUGAAUAGGAACUAAUGUGAAUACAUUUUAUUUUUUUAAGAAAGGAAGUUGCACACUAUGCAAAAAUAGUUAAUGCUUUUGAAAGGAGAAUAAUACUCUUCCAAAGGACCUGUAAAUAUAGUACACGUAGCAGUGGGCCCAAGGAUACUCGUGACACAGCCCAUCAGCAUUUCACAUGUUUAAAGACUUGAUAUGUCUUCACCUACUUCAUAUCAAAGCAUGUUUAUCUUGACAUUUCACAAUACAUUAUUCAGGCCAAUGUGAGAGAAAUAUUAGAUAUACUUCAAAUCUAUCUAUAAAUCAAUUAAGGCAGUCUAUUAAGAUAUUAUCCAACCUUAUCGCACACUUGGAACUAUUGAAACUGGUCAUAUUACCUGUAUUGAUUUUGAGGGUCAUUGGAAAGUUGGUCUGGGAUUUGACCAGUUACUCAUGAUAAUUGUUGAUAAAUGGUUUUAUGAAGGUUUUCGCAUAAUACAGAAUAUAACAAAAGAUUGUUUGUGUAUUGCACUAUGAGAUUACGAUAUGAAUACUAAUCAAAUAUUGGGAUGGGUAAAUUGCACACAUUAACAAGUUUUUAUUUUCACAAACAUGUAAGUUAACAGUAAUAAUAUAUUAUUAUGAAAUAAGAGUGAAGUAUUAUAUGAAAUUGUCAGUUUGCAAUGAUGGAGAUUUAUAAAAUAACAAGGAUUUAUACUGCUAACAUUAAUAUAAUAAAAUAAUCCGUGUAAUUUUGCUUGGUAGGUUGCAUAAAUAAUAGACAUUCGGUACCUUCAAAACAGUCCAAACACAUUCUUAGGGGGUGAUAGAACUUUUACAUGGGUACCUUCUGCAUCCACAUAUAGAAGUAAACUUGCAUUUAAUAGUCGAUCUUCCAUAAGUCAAAUAUUUGCCCAAGCUGAAGCAUUUAAAAAAAAACCAUAUGCAAGAUAUGCGUUAAUCCUGGGUUACACUGGAACCGAACCAGCUCCGAAUUUAUCCGAAUACACGUAUUCGGGAGUAUUCUGUUCUCCCUCCCCGAAUGCAAGAAAAUUUGGGAGGGAUGCGGAACAUUCUUGGAGGGAUUUAACUCGUUUUGAAAUAUUCAAAACCAGCUGAAUAACCUCCGAUAUGUGGCCACAACAAAUUUCAUUCGGGCCACAUUCGGGAUGUAUUCGGAUGGAAUUUGGUUGGAUUCUGGGAGGCAUUCGGUGUGUUCUGGGCGGGCAAUUCUUGUUGAUUAGUCUCUGAUUUGGGGAACUCCAUGAAUCAGAGAUGAAUAGGUUCCGAAUCCAUCCGAAUCGGGCUAUAUUCGGGCAGAAUUGGUCUGAAUUUAUUCGGGAGAAUUCGGUUUUGGUGUAACGUUGGCUUAAUAUACCUCUUCUAAAUCAAAUCUAUUCCCAGGCAACCAGAUUUCUGUGAGUCCAAAAGGUUUGACUAAGGCAAAAGUACCUGUAGUUCUUUACUUAAUGUGUAUUAUUUGUUUAUAAAUGUUAAUUCCCAAGGUUCUAAAUGUGUCAAGCUGAUUAUAGUCAAAGCUGAAGUAACUAAUUUACAAUUUAGAUUUUCAUAUUUAGAUGCACGUACAGAAAUCUUUAGCAUUUGCUUUUAUUCUUUCUAUCAAAUGUAUAAUGAGUUUUUAAUAAGUAUGUCCAUGGGAAAAUGGAUUUACAGGGUAUAGUUUGGUGUAUGGCUUGUGCAAUAUUAUAAUUAAUGGUAUAUUUUGAAGUAGUCUAGCUUGUAGAGAGAAAGUAAAUAUUUGGUUGAUUUAUUUUGUAAUGUAGAUAAGGUUCUGGGUUUUAUUGACAUCUGAGGUAUGGAUCUACAUUCUUCAAGAAUGUGAAGGAUGUUAACAUAAAAUAAACACAUUUUCAGCUGAGCAUAAACCAUUAUUUGAAAUAAAACCCUUUAUAAUAGUCAAGCAGCUUAAAAAAUAGUAUUUAUUAAUAGGAUAAUUGUUGUAUUUUAUUGAAAGUAAAAAUUGUUUGUGUAUUUAAAACCUGUAUGAGUUAUGUGUCAAGGGGAGAAGUGUGACUAAUUAGCUCCAACAGAGGAUUUAAUAUGAGAAUAUAAUUCAAAGAGAUAUGAAGCAGUGAGUUAUGUAAACCCCUGAAGAAGUAUAUCUACAAGAAUGGCUUCAAAAUGUUUGAAAGGUAUUAAUAUCAUAAAUUAUAUGUUUUUCCCAUAGCCUAAAUUACAUACUGAAGUAAACUAAAACUUAGGAUGGUAUUUGGUUAAGUGUAGGUAUUUUUAUAAAGGAAAACAUUUGUGUACAGGGCUGGUAUUCGAUGCAAUACUUAGAUCAAGUAUAAUGUAAAUUUUGUACUUUGUAUUUUUGGUUUGCAAGAAAUAUGUUGUAAAUGAUAUUUAAUUUAGUAUCAUAAUUCACUGUGUGAAAUCAAACUUAAUUAGAUAUAUUGUGGUGUCACACUGCAUGGCAAGCAGUUAACAUGGAGCACCAAAAGUUACAUCAUCAUAAUUCUACACAACACAUAUGAAAGAUUGCAUUAUAUAAUGUACUCAAAUUUUCGACAUCCUACGUCUCUUGCUGAGUUCCACUAUGUAUGACAAUAUUUUAGUGUUAAUGUGUAGAUUGAUCAGGUAUGUCUAUGGAAAUGCGUUCAUAUACACUUUGGUAGUAUAUUUAUUAUAUUUGUAAUAAAGUACUUAUUAUAGAAAUGUCA